GUCGGUGUGGAGUAAAUACCACUUUGUUUAUUUAUAUUUUAAGGAAUUGCAAAAAAACGCGUGAUCAUUUACGCGUAUUGAUUUUCACUUUCAUCAUGAAAUAAAAGGACACGCUAGCCAAGAUGUCCAAUCAAGUAGGUGCGUUCGUUGCGGGGCUGAAGUCCCGGAACGUGGAUGUUCAAAUCAAGACAGCCCGAGAGCUCUAUCAUUUUGCUAAGACGGAGCUCCGGGAAGUCCCACAAGAGGAGCUCACACAAUUUCUCGAUGAAUUCAAUCACCAGAUAUUUGAGAUGGUAUCCAGUAACGACGUCCACGAAAAGAAAGGAGGUGUUUUAGCUAUAGUAUGUCUCAUCGGCGGUGAUUGCGAUACUACCAAAACCCGUAUCACAAGAUUUGCAAACUACCUUCGCAACUUACUGCCUUCGUCUGAUGUGGGUGUGAUGGAACUGGCCGCUAAGACGGUCGGCCGGCUCGCCACAGUGUCCGGCGUCAAACGAGCUGAGUACGUCGAGUUUGAAGUCAAAAGAGCAUUUGAGUGGUUGUCUGAAGAGAGGAAUGAAGGCAGGCGCCACUCAGCUGUAUUACUAUUAAAGGAGUUAGCUAUAGCUAUGCCCACAUACUUCUACCAGCAAGUUUCAGGCUUCUUUGAUCACAUCUUGGUAGCACUAAAGGACCCAAAGCCACAAAUCCGUGAGGCUGCAGCAAAAGCAUUAAGAGCAGGCCUAGUGGUGACAGCUCAAAGAGAAACAGCUAAGCAGUCAACUGCCAAGCCUCAGUGGUACAUGCAGUGCUAUGAAGAAGCUAUGCUGUCAUUUGAGGAUAUUCCUUUGAAAGAAAAGGGAAUGACUAAAGAGGACAGAGUCCAUGGAGGGCUAUUGAUCUUAAAUGAGCUGCUCCGAUGCUCUAAUGCUGUUUGGGAGAAGAAGUACUCUUAUCUUAUGCAAAGUCUGGACACAAUGAAGGAUAUUACAGUAUCCGAUGAUAUAAUAUUUAUAAGCACAAAGUUGCACAGUCCGUCGGUCAAAAGAGGCUACCUGUGUGACGGGUUCAAGACUGAGAAUGUGACCUACCCAGUUCCUAUCUAUGAAUCUGAAGUCUGUCGUAAACUACUCACUGAAAAGUUUGAAAAACUCUGCAGAGAUGUAAUGAGUCAGCGCAUCCUUAAAACACAAGGAGUCCCACAAAUCCUUUUGGUCAUAAUACCAAGGCUAGCUGCUUUCAACAAAAACUAUUUCCUUGACAAAUACCUCAUAUCUACAAUGAACUACUUGAUCUCUUGCCUUCGGAGUAGAGAGAAAGAUAGGAAUAUGGCCUUUACCACAUUAGGUCUCAUGGCUGCUGCUCUUGAAAAUGAUAUAAAGAAGUACAUACCUAGCAUAAUGGAAGUUAUUAAACAAACAUUGCCUAUCAGGGACUCACAGACCAAAAAGAGAGUGUGGAUUGAUCCCUCAAUUUUUGCCUGCAUAACACUAUUGGGGAGUGCUGUCAAAGAUCUAGUUUUAACAGAUAUCAAAGAAUUAUUAGAUGCCAUGUUUGCUACAGGCCUAAGUCCAUCCCUGACUAUUUGCUUAAGGGAGUUGAGUAACAACCUUCCUUCUUUAAGAACAGAAAUAUCUGAAGGACUCUUAAAUAUGCUUUCCCUUGUCUUAAGAAAUAAACCAUUCUUACAUCCAGGAGUUCCAAGGAGUUUGGAACAGCAGAUGAGUAACAUGAGUUUGGUGAUGGAACCUCAAGAUACUGCCAGCAUUGUACUGGCAUUAAGAACACUUGGGACUUUCAAUUUUGAGGGCCAACACAGCUUGCUAACAUUCGUAAGACGUUGUGCCGACCACUUCUUACAGAGUGACCAACAGGAAAUUAGACUAGAGGCUGUCAAAACUGCUGCCAAGCUGUUAGCUGAUGCUACAGUCAGAACUAUGAAAACACCUUCGAGGACACUAACACUGCUGACAGCAGAAGUUAUUGGCAAGUUAUUAGUUGUUACAGUUACUGAUCCUGAUUAUGAAGUUCGCUACUGGGUUUUAGAAUCACUGUACAAUAUAUUUGACAUCCAUUUGGCUCAAAUUGAGAAUUUGAGCUUCCUUUUUAUGGCUAUGAAUGAUGAGCACUUGGCUAUAAGAGAGCUGGCAAUUUGUACUGUUGGUCGUUUGAGUGUGGUCAAUCCUGCGUAUGUCAUGCCAGGGCUUCGAAAGACCCUGAUACAGUACCUCACAGAGCUUGAACAUUCCGGCAUGAGCAGGAACAAAGAGCAGGCAGCCAGGAUGUUAGAUAAUCUAAUCCGGCACGCGCCCAAGCUCGUGAAGCCGUACAUGGAGACAAUUCUUAAUGUUCUUGUACCAAAACUCAAAGAAUCAGAUUCCAAUCCUGGAGUAGUCAUAAGUGUAUUAAAAGCCGUCGGAGACUUGGCCGACGUCCACGGCGAUAACAGCGGACUUAAGAAAUGGCUUCCAGAACUUCUGAGCAUUCUUCUAGAAUUGUUAUCAGAAGCAAGUGCGACGGAAAAGAGGAGUGUUGCUCUUUGGGCGUUUGGCCAACUAAUCAGUGCCACUGGAUAUGUGGUGGCUCCCUAUACUGAGUAUCCUACUCUAAUGGACGUCCUCUUGAACUUCCUCAAGACUGAACAGCAACCUAAAGAUAGGAGAGAAACUAUUCGUGUUUUGGGAUUGUUAGGUGCCUUGGAUCCUUAUAAACAUAAGAUAACUAGAGGUCUGAUUGGCGAGCAGCCUGACUCUAGCUUAGUGCCAGUUGCAGAUAGCAAAGCAGAAGAAAAUAAUUUCGAUAUGACCACAAGUGAAAUGUUAGUGAACAUGUCUUCCCCUGUUCUGGAUGAGUACUAUCCAGCCAUAGUGAUAUCUACACUUAUGAGGAUUCUCAGAGACCCGACACUGCAGCAACAUCACACGAGUGUAGUUCAAGCAGUUACCUUCAUCUUCCAGUCUUUGGGUAUAAAGUGCGUGCCAUAUAUUUCCCGCGUCACACCCACUCUUCUUUUCGUAGCGAGAGCGACCGACAACAAUAAUUUCAGAGAAUUCCUGUUUACUCAAUUGGCGAGGCUAAUUGCUAUAGUGAAGCAGCACAUUCGUAAUUAUUUAGACAAGAUAUUUGACCUCAUCAGGGAGUUUUGGACACCGAAUAGUCCUUUCCAGCCAACUUUAAUCUUACUCGUUGAGUAUAUCGCUGUGGCGCUAGGUUCAGAGUUUAAGGUAUAUCUACCUCAGCUGAUGCCGCAGAUACUGCGUGUUCUCGCGCACGACACCAGCAAAGAUAGAAUUGUGACUGAAAAACUGCUAUAUGCCCUUCAAAAGUUUGAAGAUAACUUGGAUGAUUAUAUGCAUUUAGUGAUACCGUCAAUCGUAAAGUUGUUUGACGCGUCAGAUUGCCCAAUAAAUGUGGCCAAAGUAGCUAUGGAGACAGUUGACUAUCUGUCUGAUUCUUUGAACUACAGUGAGCUGGUGUCGAGAAUAAUUCACCCUCUAGUGAGGAGCCUGGACACGUGCGCGGCGCUGCGCCCCACUGCCAUGGACACGCUGUGUGCUCUGAUAGUCCAAUUGGGACGCAAGUUCACUGAUUUCAUACCGCUGGUUCAAAAAGUGGUGGUGAAACAUAAGAUUCAACAUCAAAAUUAUGAAUUACUGCUCUCUCGGAUGCAGUCUAGUCAAACUUUGGCAAUGGAUGAGUUUCUGCAGAGCACUAGGCGGAAACCGAGGAAUCAUACUCAAGAGCCACGUAUAGGAUAUAACUGCGACACAUCGCAAUCGAUCCGCAAGUUAUGCGUGAACGCUCACAACUUGAAGCUGGCAUGGACGGUCAGCAGCCGCGUGUCCAAGGACGACUGGCUCGAGUGGCUGAGGAGGUUCAGCAUCGGUCUACUCACUGAGUCACAUAGUCCUGCUCUUAGGGCAUGUCUGGCGCUAGCUCACAACUACUCGCAACUUCUCCGCGACUUAUUCAACGCUGCGUUCGUGUCAUGUUGGACGGAGCUAGACAAGACCUCUCGGGCCGAGCUGUCGAAUGCUCUUGAACAAGCUCUGACGGCGCCCGACGCGCCCGAACUCGCGCAUACCGUGCUCAACUUAGCGGAGUUCAUGGAGCACUGUGAGGGUGGUACCCUGCCUAUAUCUACACACCUGCUUGGGGAAAGAGCUAUGCAUUGCAGAGCUUACGCCAAAGCGCUGCACUAUAAGGAAGAAGAAUUCCGCAACGGCGCGACAUCUCAAGUCGUGGAAGCUCUGAUCCACAUCAACAACAAGCUGCAACAGAAGGAAGCCGCAGAGGGACUCCUAGAGCGAGUGAUGGCACAACGAGAAGCUGGAGAUGCUACUCUCAAGGUCCAAAUAAGAUGGUAUGAGAAACUACACAACUGGGAGAAAGCUCUCGACCUCUACGGAGAGAAGCUAAACGAGGAUGUAGCUGAUAUGGACUCAUAUCUCGGUGAGUUGCGCUGUUUCGAAGCUUUGGGAGAAUGGGUCGAGCUUUACAAUACAGUCUCCAAAAAAUGGGUCAAAAUGAGCAACGAGGAGAGAUUCAAAGCGGCGAGACUCGCAGCUGCGGCCGCAUGGGGAUUGAACGAAUGGGAUUCAAUGGCGAAAUAUGUCAGAUUCCUGCCAGAAAACACUCAGGACGGUGCUUUCUAUCGCGCAGUACUUAACAUUCACAAUGGAGAAUUUGAUCUGUCCAAACAAUACAUAGAUCAAGCGCGCACGUUGUUGGAUUCCGAACUGACUGCCGUAGCUGGAGAGAGUUACCAGCGAGCAUACGGAGCUCUAGUAAAUGCUCAGCUUUUGGCGGAGCUUGAAGAAGUAAUCACUUACAAGUCUGUCAUGGAGAGAAGAGAGUCCAUCCGACAGGCGUGGUGGACCAGGCUGCAGGGCGGACAAAGAUUGGUAGAAGACUGGCGCAGAAUACUGCAGGUGCGCAGCCUGGUGCUAACUCCUCAAGAAGACAUGGCCACGUGGCUCAAAUUCGCUUCCCUCUGCAGAAAGAGCGGAGCGCCGCGCCAGGCGCAUAAGACUUUAGUGAUGUUGUUGGGAACCGACCCCAGCCAGAACAGAGAUAUGCCACUGCCCACACAUGAGCCGAGACUAACACUGGCUUAUGCUAAGCACUUGUGGGUAGCUGGUGAUAAGCAGCUGGCUUACGAUCAGCUACAGCGGUACGUGGACACCACGGAGACGGGUGACGCAGAGCACUGCCGCCUCCUCGCUCGCUGCCACUUGAAGUUGGGAUCGUGGUGCGAGUCUCUGCUGGGCAUAAACGAGCUCUCCAUCCCAGAAAUCCUGCGCAACUAUGAGGCCGCCACCGACUUGUCUUCUGAUUGGUACAAAGCUUGGCACGCUUGGGCUUACAUGAACUUUGAGACAGUACUUUUCUAUAAACACCAGGACGCGAACAUUACUGGAGGACAAACAGAGCGCAGACCUUCGCCCGAAUGUAUUCAGCAGCAUACCGUGCCCGCUGUCGAAGGAUUUUUCAAAUCUAUUAAACUAUCUCACGGCAGUUCGCUACAAGACACUCUCAGAUUGCUGACGCUGUGGUUUGACUACGGCCACUAUCCCGCCGUUCACGAAGCGCUCGUAGAAGGCAUUAGGACUAUUGAAAUAAACGUCUGGCUUCAAGUGAUCCCUCAACUGAUAGCUAGAAUAGACACGCCGAGAGCGCUCGUUGGCAAGUUGAUCCAUUCUCUGUUAAUUGAUAUCGGAAAAUCUCAUCCUCAAGCUCUAGUUUAUCCGCUGACGGUGGCGUCGAAGUCGUCGUUCAUCGCUCGGAAGAAUGCAGCCAAUCAGAUUCUGAAAUCAAUGUGCACCCAUUCUAGUAACUUAGUGAACCAAGCCGCGAUGAUAUCGGAGGAGCUCAUCCGCGUGGCGAUCCUGUGGCACGAGCAGUGGCACGAGGCUCUGGAGGAGGCUUCAAGGUUAUAUUUCAGCGAGAACAACGUGAAUGCGAUGUUCAAGACGUUGGAACCUCUCCACGCGAUGCUGGAGCGAGGCCCGCAGACGCUGAAGGAGGUGUCCUUCAGCCAGGCGUACGGACGAGAUCUGAAUGAAGCGCAAGAGUGGUGCAACCGGUACAAGGAAUCGGGCCUGGUCCGCGACUUGAACCAGGCAUGGGACCUGUACUACCACGUGUUCCGACGCAUCAGCCGGCAGCUGCCGCAGCUGACGUCGCUGGAGCUGCAGUACGUGAGUCCGCGGCUGCUGAACUGCCGCGACCUGGAGCUGGCCGUGCCCGGCUCCUACGUGCCCGACCAGGACCUCAUUCGCAUCGCGCAUAUACAGAGCAGUUUGCAGGUGAUAACGUCAAAGCAGCGUCCUCGUCGCCUCUGCAUCCGCGGCUCCAACGGCAAGGACUACAUAUUCCUGCUGAAAGGUCACGAGGACCUGCGACAAGACGAGCGAGUCAUGCAGCUGUUCGGCCUGGUCAACACGUUGCUGCAAGCUGACCCUGACACCUUCCGAAGAGACCUCGCCAUACAGAGAUAUGCCGUCAUCCCGCUGUCCACCAACUCCGGCCUCAUUGGAUGGGUGCCACAUUGUGAUACCCUGCAUUCGUUAAUUAGGGAUUACAGAGAGAAGAGAAAGUGCUUGUUGAACAUUGAACACAGAAUCAUGCAGAGGAUGGCAUCGGAUCUCGAUAAACUGAUGUUGAUGCAAAAGGUGGAAGUAUUUGAGCACGCUCUAGAACACACAGCAGGAGAUGACUUAGCCAAGUUACUUUGGCUAAAGAGUCCGUCUUCUGAGGUGUGGUUCGAGCGUCGCACGAACUACACGCGCUCUCUGGCCGUCAUGAGCAUGGUGGGGUACAUCCUGGGCCUCGGAGACCGACACCCCUCCAACAUCAUGCUCGACAGAGUCACAGGGAAAUUCCUCCACAUCGACUUCGGAGACUGCUUCGAAGUUGCCGUCACAAGAGACAAGUUCCCAGAGAAAAUCCCAUUCAGGUUAACCAGGAUGCUCAUCAAUGCUAUGGAGGUAACCGGCAUUGAAGGUACAUAUCGUCGCACGUGUGAAUCUGUCAUGGAGGUGUUACACCGUCACAAGGACAGCGUGAUGGCGGUACUAGAAGCCUUCGUGUACGACCCGCUGCUCAACUGGAGGCUCAUCGACGCCGGCCGCCGGUCCCGUGCCGACGCCGACCUCUGUUCUACCUCCGACCCUGCAUCAUCACCACAACCCAGCAGAAGUCGCGUACACAUAGGCUUGAAUGACGCUCUUGACCAACCAGCUGAGACUAACUUAAACAAGCGAGCACUAGCUAUUGUCAAUCGAGUUCGCGACAAGUUGACUGGUCGCGAUUUCCCACAUAUUGAUGAGAUCGUGUCGGUGCAGAAGCAAGUAGAUCUGCUCAUACAACAGGCGACCAGCAAUGAGAACCUCUGCCAGUGCUAUGUAGGGUGGUGCCCAUUCUGGUGAACCGUCACCAAAGAGUAUACUCUCAUACUUAUUGUACUAUAGUUUUAUUACAAUAAGUCUAGAUAUUCAUUUUAGUGUAAAGCACCGCUUUUUAUCAUCUAUAUGUAAGGAGGGGAAUGAUAGUCGUUGGAUCCAGUGCUGAUGGUAGCUCAAUCGGGUUUUGGAUGGUAUGAAGAAUAUCUAAUAACUCUUUUACACGGUAUUUAUUGUGACCAACAAUUAAUUGCGAUUAUGUAUAAUAUUGAUAAUUGUAUUUUGACCAUUGCAAGGACACAGGUAUGAAUAGUCUUAUGCAACGCAAUUUACCUACUAUUUAAUCAAUUUAAAUUAACUGGUUUUUUUUUAUUAUUAUCGCGAUAUAAAUGCAUUUGUGUCA